AUGCAGUUCUCCUUAACAUUGCAGGAGAUAAUCCGGGAGAUGAACCGCCUGGGGCUGAUGGUGGACGUGUCCCACUCCUCCAGCCGGACCACCCGGGACGUGCUGGCCGCCUCCCGCGCCCCUGUCCUCUUCUCGCACUCGGGCGUCCGUGCACUCUGUGACAUGGAGAGAAACGUCCCUGACGACGUCCUCGGCGCCUUGGCAGUGAACGGAGGCAUUGUGAUGGUGAGCUUCUACAACAACUUCCUGACCUGUAGUGAGGCUGCAUCUAUCAAGGAUGUAAUCGCUCACAUCAACCACGUGAGGUCGAUGGCUGGUGUUGAUUACGUUGGGAUUGGUGCUGGCUACGACGGGAUCAACAGGACGCCAGCGGGCCUAGAGGAUGUGUCGAAGUACCCUGAGCUGUUUGCUGAGCUCCUGAAGGAUCCAUCCUGGUCUCUACAGGACCUGAAGAAACUGGCAGGACUCAACCUUCUACGUGUCUUCAGGAGAGUAGAGCAGGUGCGGGAGGAGCUGGCGUCGGAGAAGCCGUCCGAGGAGAUCAUCCCCAUCCACGACAUCGACACCCGCUGGUCGUGUAGGUACAGAUUUGCCAGCCUCGACGACGCCCGCACCUGACCUGUCGUGUCUGUGUCAUCUCCUGCGCCUUCUUACUAAGAAACACGACCUCUUCCGACAGCA